AUGCAGGAAACUGGACUAGAGCCGGUCCACAGGGAGGAGAGAGCCAGAGAGGGGUUUCCCCACAUGUCUGUCAACCGGGAACUCCGGGAUAGAGGGAAGCUGAAAAUGCAGGAGUUUAUUCCCAAGACCUUCUGCAUGGAAGUGAGGGAGGCUUUCUUCGCCCAGCAGGAGGCCCACGGCUCUGUCCCGAGGCAGAGGCCUCUCUCUGCUGGAGAGCCAGGAGGACGUGGCGGUUGGAGACUGAACCUGCAGGACACGGAGGACGGACAGGCCAACGGGAGGAUGCUCCACGGCCGGCCUCAGGCGCGCAUCGGCCAACAGUGGGUGAACACACACGUAGCGGGCAUCCUUCCCCUUUCUGGACUUUCCUUGGAAGCGGUCUCCGUGGACCCUAAAGCGCCACAUUCGCCGCACAUGUUUGAGAUCAGCGGGCCAACGGUGGACUCCAAGGUCUUCAUAUGCGCCAGCGCUGCAGAGCUACAGAGAUGGAUGCAACACAUAGAAGACAGGAAGUACAAGUCAAUGGCUCAACCCAUGAGUCCCUCCCACUGCGCCCUCUCCUAUCUUUUACCCUGUGAUGAGCAUUGGAAAAGAGAAGAACUGAAAAAGUACUUACUGCAAGCUCCCAUUUGGCAGUGGGAGGGCUCGCCGAUACAGCACAUGGGUCAGCCGGGGUACAUAUCCAUCGUCCACAUCAUCAACACACAGAGACGGGGCCUCCAGGAGAGACUGAUGGUUCUCUUCCCUCAAGACGUCCUGCUGCUGUCAGUUGACAACAAGCGUCUGAAUAUAAGAUAUGAGGGGAGGUUGCCCCGACACAGCAUCAAAGCAGUUGAGAGGUUCGCCCUGCCUGGACGGCUGGAGUUUGAGCUGACAGGUGAGCUGGUGGAGCCCCUGCAGGUCUCUUGUACCUGUGAGGAGGAUUAUCGGAACUGGAUGUUUCAAUUACAACAGCCGGACAGAAACCGCCCCGUUCCUGUGAGUCGCAGCGCACCUCCACUCAUGCCAAAGCUGCAGAGGAGCAGGAAGGAGUCCCAGGAAGCCGUGACGCCAGCCGGCCAACGCCACAUCACCGGCCGCAGCUGACUCGUGGGAAUGUGAAACAAGCUCGACUUUUAUUACACGUCUGAAACGACAUGUAGAGAGUAUGUACAGAACGACUGUUUUGUAUAAUUGUGCCACAAAAUGAAGAUACGGCAGCGGGGAGGCGCUGAAAUGCUCUCGCCCAAUAUGAAGCUAGUUCGGGGAUUUAGUUCCUUUUAUUUCUCAGAAACAAGGUCAUGACCCAGUUUAAGGCCAGAGCUAAAAGAAAUGUUAGUCUGUAGAGAUAUUAAAGUUUAUUUACUGAUGGAAAUAGUUCUGAAGCAGCUGUACAUAUUUACUUUUGAUGUCUUUUACUUUAAAAUACAUGUUUGAAUAUUUUUCUUUACAAUAAACUUUUUAUUUAAAACUC